GUUUCCUCCCAUGUGAUUCUUGCUGGAAGGUGACAACGGACUGCUUACACAUUAACCAGAGGAGCUGCACUAUGUUGUCUCCUUAUCCAUUUUUUCUGAUCUCAUAUGGCCACAGCAUUUAGCAUUAGCAAUUUGGUAAAUGGGUACUUGGUAUAAAUCACAUUUGAGACUAUAAGUGGUGAUAUACAACAAAACAGGACAGACAUUUAUACACAACGUAACUAUCUGAAAAAUAAUCACCAUAAGAACUGGAAAUCUCUCUCUCUCUCUGAUACAGUCUACUUAGUAAAAUGUCACGGAUGUUGUGGCUCAAAAACAGAAGACCAGAUGCCAAUCAUCAGGGAUUCAACAAAGGAUAAGAAUGCAUCAGCCAGAUCCAGGAAGAUCACUGCAGAGUUCGAUAUAAAUCAAGCACGCUCACAUGAAGUGGAUGUUACUCUGGAUGUGGACACAGCUCACCCUAAGCUGAAGAUAAAUGGGAAAUCACUACAGUGGAUAGAUGAAUCACCACAGAGAAACAUUGACAUUGAGAACUGUUUUGAUGAAGAGCCUUUUGUGUUGGGCAAUAUGGGCCGUGCAUGGAAGAGUUACUGGGAGGUGAAUGUGAAGAAGGAUGACUGGGUGCUUGGCGUUGCCAAGGCAACGGCUCACAGGAAGGGGCCGCUGGUUUUCAGACCAACAGGUGGCUUCUGGGUAAUCAGACUUUCCAAUGGGCAAUGUCUUAAAGCAAUGGAGGAUGAAGAACACGUUCUUGACAAAGGUAUUCCAGAUAAAGUUGGUAUCUAUCUGGAUUAUCAGGAAAAGAAGGUGACUUUCUUUAAUGCAGAUGACGGUUCACUCAUCUACUCAUUUAUCAAUGGACCAAGUUAUCAGGAUGAUGUCCUGCCACUUUUCUCACCCUGGAACAAUGAUGCAAAACCAAUCACAAUUUUGUCCAUCACAGCAACAUAGAAAAACAUAAUUCAUCAUAUUCCCUGUCUGUCAAUAGCUUAUCAUGGUAUGAAGCUAUGUUAAUAUUUUUGAUUAAGUAAUAUCCAGAAUUGUGGCUAAAUUUGUAUGAUCCUUUGCUGUCAUCUAACCAUCUAACGAUGUGUUCCAUUAUUUGUAUUAAUAUAUUAUUUGUUCAUUAUUUCAAUAGAUUUUUGUGUAUGAAAUUAAACAAUCAUGUUGUUUUAAAAUAUUAAAUGUUGAUUUGUGAAAAAUACAAGAUCUUAUUUGGUAUCUGGAUGUAGAUCUAUUGAUGACUAAGAUUGAGAAAAACAACGACCUUCUAUUGGCUUGUUUGUAGUUGUUUUGACAAGUUUGGUAAUCAUCCAUCACAUAAAACUUUGAUAAUAUUUACAAUGACCAAGCAUGAGAGCUGGAUUGCCAGAGUUUUGACUCAAUAUAUUGACCCUGUAAAGCCUGAAGUUAGUUGUUCAGUGUAACAUCUAUUUUGACCGUCUUUUCAUUACAGACAUUUCUAGCAUGCUAGUUCAAUCAGUGUGUGAUAUAAAGUGAUUCUAUGAUUUGUUUUUAAAAGAACUAUGACUGUAUGAUAUGAACAUGAAAAAACACCAAUAUGACAAAUGAGUUUGACAAAACUGAAUACAUUAGUCUGUCUAUACAUCUUUGUAACAAGGGAUAUUUACUAACUUUACAAUAUUGAGUAUAUAUAGAAUCAAUAUAGAGAUUUUAGUAGAUUUUUACAGUUACAGACAAAAAAGGGCAAAACAUUCCAUCUCACAUCGCUCAGGAUCAUUUUCUGUGAAAUAAAACAAGUAAAAGAUUGAAGUAACUCAAUCUUCACAGUUGAUAAUUACUAAAGCUAAAUAAAUACUCAAACAAUGGAAGAUAAUCUGCCUUGCACUCUACCCAUCAGUGAUUUUCCCCAUGGUUAAAUAAAACCACAUAGAGUUUUGUGAUUUUUAGAGUACUAA